AUGUUCCAUAACACAUUCCAAAGCGGUCUUUUAUCGAUUUUGUACAGUAUUGGCAGUAAACCAUUGCAAAUUUGGGAUAAGCAGGUAGAGGAAACUAUAAUGACUUAAAAAUCAAUGAAAAGAAACAUUUAGGUAAAAAACGGGCACAUAAAACGAAUAACCGAUGAAGAUAUCCAAUCGUUAGUGUUGGAAAUUAUGGGCGCCAACGUCAGGUAUAUAAUACAAAAAAAUGAAGAACAAAAAAAAAAUAUUUUUCCAGUACUUGUUACGUCACUUGCCCGAUUGACCCAAACAAGACAUUGGGGAUAAAAUUGCCGUACUUCGUGAUGGUCGUGAAGAACACGCAGAAAUAUUUCUCGUUCGAAGUUCAGGUUCGUGAGAAAAAAUGAAAAGAUCAUUUUUUUGAAAAAUGAUGCAAUCGUUGUUUUUUCGCAGAUUCUGGACGACAAAAACAUCAAAAGGAGGUUCCGAGCCUCGAAUUUUCAAUCUUCUACGAGGGUUAAGGUAAUUGGAAUGGACUGAAAUUAAUUUUUUUCAAUUAAUUUCGAAUAAUUAAUUUUUUUAAUUGGCUUAAUUUUUGAAAAAAAUCCGCAGGAUUCCUUUGAAAUAAGCUUGUUUAAACUCGAUAAAAGCUCGAAUUUUGUGAAAAUCUAGUUUCAAAAAUGAUUUUUUUCUGGUAUUUUUUUGAUUAAAAAGCCUUCUAAGAAUUUGUAAAAUUCUCCAGAAAAAAAUUCUAAAAAAAUGAAAAAUAUUUUUGAACAUUUUCAGCUCUCUCUGUAAUAACUUCAUGUUAAGAACACCAGAAAUUCAAAAAUUAUCGAAUUUUUUCAAGUUUUUUCAGAAGAAAAAUAAAAAAUUUUGAAAUUAUGUGUUCUAUUAAUAGUUUCUAUGUAAAAGACUAUGCCGACAAAGCUUUUAAAAAUUUAAAAAUCCUGAUUUUUUGGAUUUUUGUCAGGUUCUUUGUAAAGUAAUGCUUCCCCAACAAGAGCUUCUCAACUGAAGUUCUGAAAAGUUUCGAAAAAAAAAACUCAAAAAAGUAAAUUUUUCCAGCCGUUCAUCUGCACGAUGCCGAUGCGGUUAGACGAAGGCUGGAACCAAAUUCAGUUCUGUCUGAGCGAUUUCACGAAACGCGCCUACGGGACCAACUACGUUGAAACGCUGAGAGUUCAGGUGAUUCCGAAAAUGCACAAAAAAGGCCUGAUUUCGAAAAAAAAAGCUUCUAGAAGGAAAAAUGAGCGUUUUUCCAAGUUUUUUUUAACUUUUAUUAUUCUCGGGCAAAGUCGGAAUGGUGGAUAAUAGCCGUUCAGAGGGAGAGGCUCAAAAAAGGCCGCAAAAAGCAGAAAAAAGAGUCCCUUUAUCGAACCUUCCAUUUUUCUGAAAUUUUAAAGGGUCAAGAAUGGUGGAAAAAGGAGAGGCAGCAAAAAUAGUACAUAAAAGCUGAUGAAAUGGCCCAAAGGCAGCAAAAAAGGAACCUUUUUUCACCCUAAAAAAAUUUCUAUGGAGUCUUCUUACACCCUUUCCCAGUUCACACUAAUUUUCUCGAAAUACAAAAUUAUGUCUGGCCCUCCAAAAUUCAGCUAUCUUUUCCACUUUCUAGCGUCUACUUUGUAUUACGCGCAAAAUGAAAAUCACCAAAUUUUCAAAAGCUAUAUUCGAUUAGAAACUAUAUUUCGAGAAAAAUUUUUUUAGCUAAUUUCUUGGGAAAAAGGUUCUGAGUUCCGCGAAGUUCAAAAUUAUCUUUGACUCUCCUAAAUUUAGUUAUCUUUUCCACUCUCUGACGCUCAUUUCCUAGUACAAAAAUCAACACCAACUUUUCAAAUUUGAAGCUAAAACGAGUAAAAACUCCAUUUCGAUAAAUUUUCAAGCUGAUUUUUCGGAAAAGGGUGCAUAUAGAUAGAUAAUAACUCACAAGGAAUCUCAUUUUACUUAGAGGUUAAGAAUUUUCUCGGUCUUCCUUGAUGUACCAGAAAAAGAUUCUGGAAUUCUCAACGUUCCUAAUUUCCUAGUUCUCAAGAAAAAAGGGUCUUUUCUCGAAAAGUAGAAAUUUUUGCAGGUUGAGGAUUUCAGAAUCUUCUUCUGGUACAUCAAGGAAUGUUUUAGCCAAUUUUCAGGAAAAUCCCAACCACAUAGUAAUAUGACCUCCCUUUUCAGUGGAUUUCUAAAUCUAUCCAAAAAUAAAAAGAUUGAUGAGUUAAGGUACACGCCAACUGCCGUCUCCGCCGGAUAUAUUUCGCCGACCGACUUUAUACGGAAGACGAGCUUCCCGCCGAGUUCAAACUCUACCUUCCCGUCAGGUCCUCACAACCGGUUAUGGGAGGCGAAGUGGUCGCUUCUUGA